AUCAGAUUGAAGCAGCCAGCGCAGGCGCUGUGUGUCCUUCCGCCACCAGUAGGCGGAUCACUUCGCAUUUACCUCCCUUUUUGGGGGUGGUUGUAGCAGGAGCUGUGUGGACUUCCCACCCAGGGGCGGCGCUGAGUGAGCACUGAUCGCAGACGUAGGAAAUGAACCGGCUGACUCAGAAAAUGUCGGGCCUGCAGCUUAACUUCUCCCCGCUUAAGGAGCCCCUGGGUUUCAUCAAGUUGCUGGAGUGGGUAUUUACAGCACGCACCAAUGCAACGGCCUCCCCCGCCCCCUGCAUGAUGGCACUGGGAGCUCGCGUCAUGGACCGGGGUCGCCUGACCGGAAGCGCUGAGUCCGGAAGCCAGGCAGCGGCGUGGAGAGGACGGCUGGAAGCGCGCCUGAUUUUUUCAAUCUUCUCGUUUGCUACAUGUGGUGGUUAUUCUGGAACUACUAGUAUGAUUGUGUCCUGUGAGGAUAAAAAGUUAGCUGAAAAUCAUACCAUUGAAGCUACAUUUAUGUACCCUUUUAGGUUAAAUGAAAUCACAUUUAGCAAAAUUUCUGGUUUAGUCUGCAACAGCAGCUGGGAUGAUUUGCACCUUACAGCGGAUUUUUCUGCUCCUGCCCAAUUUUACGUUACAAUUGCAGUGUUUGCGUUCCUUUACUGUAUUGGUGCCCUUGUCUUGUACCUUGGGUUCAGGCAUCUCUAUCAGGACUCUCAGAAGCUGCCAUUAAUUGACUUUAUCAUCACAAUUCUUUUUGCCUUUAUGUGGCUUGUGAGUUCCUGUGCGUGGGCUAAAGCACUGAGCGAUAUUAAAUAUUUGACAGAUCCAAAAUAUACUAAGGAAGGCUGCAAAUCACCACCUUUUAGCUGUGCCGCCGGUACUGAAUCACGCAUGGGAAGUCUAAACAUUUCUGUUGCUUUUGGAUUCCUGAAUUUGAUUUUGUGGGCAGGCAAUGCGUGGUUUGUCUACAAGGAAACUAACCUACAUGCUCCACCAGUAGCAUCAAAUCCCGAACAACAAGGCCCACCUCCUUCAUCGAUGUAAUAGAGAAGCAAAGAUCCAUAUAGAUGUUCUUGCCAAUAAUUUGGUAUUCUAUGUGCAUACGGCCAAGAAUACAUUUGUUAUGUUAAAAUACAAAAACCUAGAUUGAGGAAUUUUUGCAGGACUUUUAUUACUAAUCUUUUUUUUUUGCUAAAUAAAAGCUGUAUUAUAUAUUUGCACAAUUCUGUGUAACAGUCUAGAAAGAAGCAGAUGCUAACCUCUAGUUGUGUAGGCCAGGGGACUUGUCCUCUUGACUAACAUCUUUUAACGGAUUUUGGUAUAAAUAUUAGCCCAAUUCCAAAGAAUAAAUCUUUGUACAACCCAAAGAAAUUUUACAGCGAAAUGUACAUAUCCCUUCCAGUUUCUUUGUGGGUUUAUAUAAAACCUGCAAACAAAGUACUGUACUAAUAAGAGGUUACCAGUUUGCUGCAACAUUAAUUUUGGGACUUUCAGUAACGAGUAAUUUUUUUGCAAUAUGUCAGUCAAACAUUCACACCUUUCUUUUUUUUUCUUUUUCUUUUUUUUUUUAUAUUAUUAUAAUGUGUACAUUGGGAAAAGUUCUCUUAUUCAUUGUUGAUAUUUAAAGGCCAUCUAUGCAUCUUUUACUGUAUUUUCCUGAAACUUGCUAAAUGUGUAAGAAAUUGUCUUGGUAAAUUGUUAGUAUUUUUGGCAUUUGCUACAGUUUUAUUUUAGAAAAUAGUCUGUUUAGCAUCAUCCAACCCCUCUUUCUUCUGCUAAGAAAAUGUACACUGUUAAAUCUGAGUUAUUGUUCUCAAGUUAUCUAUCUACAAGCACUAUAUUAAAAAAAAUUGUAUAUA